GUUCUUAAAGGGAGGCGUACCGCACUUUCGGGCUCAUAAUUCUGACGACCGUCAACGCGCAAAGAACCGGAAAACGUUUGCCGGCAUCUUCUCUCACGUGGCCAGCUACGAAGAACGUUGCGGUGACUUUAACACUUUUUCGACUAAAUGUUUUUUCAUCUCGAUCGUUGCGUCAUCUCGUCUAAUCCUUCUACGUUGUAUUCGAACUGUCACAAGGGCCGUUUUCUCGAUUGGAUUGUUACGUGACACAGACACCUCUUCGGUGGUAAUUUUUUUCCUUAAGUUUGCGCAUAUGGCGAGGCCGCACGUGCAUGACAUGGUUAUUUUAUCAGUAUUAUUCGCAACACUCUGCCUGCAAAUUGGUUACAGUCGGCGACUGUCAGAAGAUAUUAACAAUGAAGUCAGCGCUAUACCAGAUGGUAAUAUAGCAAAUUAUGAGUACAAAAACUCGAGGGAUUAUGUGAAAAUUAGUCAAGCCCCUAUUCCACACAUCAAGAAAAAUGUUGGGUCCCAUGUGGAGUUCUACUGCGAAGCAAUGGGUUCUCCACCACCUACUAUUCAAUGGUACAAGGACCACAUGAGAAUAACUGAGAAUGAGAGUUUUGAAAACUCAAACUUGAUCGAUCGUACAGUGGGACUGGCAAAAGUUGCUUCCCGUCUUGUGAUCAACUACAUCCUCCCCAGACACCAAGGUAAAUAUUACUGUGUAGCUGAGGCUGGUUCGGAAAGAGAUAAAGCUGCAACUGACCUUAUCAUACCAAAUGCCAGAGGGAGAGAAAUGAAUUUUACUCAGUUAUUAGCCAACAAGAUUUUAGGCGCUCACCAUCGUCCAAGAGUUACGUUUUGGGCUCCAGCUUACAUGGACAUUAUUGGAUCCGAUAUCGUGCUUCCCUGUAAAUCUGUUGGCAAUCCAAAACCAGAUCUAUGGUGGAUCGAUCCCAACUCGAAAACUAUAGAAGACGGAAUGGACAAUGGAAAAUUCGUACUAUUACCCGAUGGAGAACUAAGCAUUCGGUCAAUUACUUGGGAAGAUAUGGGCGUGUACAUCUGCAUGGUUAAAAAUUCAGUAGGUGAUGACUCCGUCGAGACAUUCUUAUAUCCUAUGCAAGAAUCCAACAAAUAACGAUGACCAGAUUGCAAGCACCUAGGCUGAAUAAUUCUAGUCAUUUCAUUCCAAGAGAAGUGCAAUCUUGGUUACUUACUAUUAUUAACUAGUAUUUAAAAUUGAUGAGGUAUUAAUAGGUUAAGGACAGUACUUAUUUAUAAUUAAAUUAUUUCCUCUAAAAGAAUCUCAAUAAAUCAAAACCAACCAUAAAAAGUAAU